AUGGCGGCAUCCCGUCACAAAUCACAACAGAAAAAUAUUUCGUCCAUAUUCUCUAAACUGCACGGCGCCUUUUCUGAUGCCGUGUGUCCCACCAAGCUGGCUACGGAUAAACGGACUCUGGACAAAACAUGGAAGUUAAUGGACAAAGUUGUGAAAUUGUGUCAGCAUCACAAGAUGAACCUAAAAAACAGUCCACCGUUUAUCCUGGAUAUUUUACCUGACACAUAUCAGAGGUUGCGUGUUAUUUACUCCAAAUACGAGGACAAUAUGUCGGAGUUGAACAAUAAUGAACAUUUCAACAUAUUUAUCAUUAAUUUGAUUAGAAAGUGUAAGCAAGCUAUCAAAUUGUUUAAAGAAGGCAAGGAAAAAAUGUUUGACGAAAAUUCUCACUAUAGGCGUAAUUUGACGAAACUCAGUCUCGUGUUUAGUCACAUGCUGAGUGAAUUGAAGGCAAUGUUUCCUAAUGGCACUUUUGCUGGUGAUCAGUUUCGCAUUACCAAAAGCGAUGCAGCUGAGUUCUGGCGUACAAAUUUUGGGAACAGUACGUUGGUGCCUUGGAAAAUUUUCCGCGAGGAGCUGAACAACGUACACCCAAUAUCGUCGGGACUGGAGACAAUGGCACUCAAGACCACAAUAGAUCUCACAUGUAACGACUUCAUAUCGAACUUUGAGUUCGAUGUAUUCACGCGGCUAUUCCAGCCGUGGAGCACGCUCCUACGGAAUUGGCAGCUACUCGCGGUUACGCAUCCGGGAUAUGUCGCGUUCCUCACAUACGACGAGGUCAAAGCCAGAUUGCAGAAGUACAUACAUAAGGCCGGCAGCUAUGUUUUCAGGUUAUCGUGUACGCGACUCGGCCAGUGGGCUAUUGGUUACGUGACUGUGGAUGGCGAAAUACUACAGACUAUACCACAGAACAAGAGCUUAGUUCAAGCGCUGCUAGAUGGGUAUAGAGAGGGAUUCUACUUGUAUCCUGACGGUCGCGAUGUGAACCCAGAUUUGAGUAGCGCCAUCAUAUCACCAGCGGAGGACCACAUAACUGUGACUCAAGAACAAUACGAGCUCUAUUGUGAAAUGGGAAGCACGUUUCAAUUGUGUAAAAUAUGCGCGGAGAAUGACAAAGACAUUAGGAUAGAACCAUGCGGCCAUCUACUGUGUACGCCCUGUUUGACAGCUUGGCAAAUUGACUCGGAGGGACAAGGCUGUCCGUUCUGCCGGGCAGAGAUCAAGGGCACCGAACAAGUUGUGGUCGAUGCCUUCAUACCUCCAAGACCGCCUAACACUACUUCAGAUGUUAAGUUAGCCAACACGAAGACAGCCGUUCGACCGGUUUCUUCAAACUCAUCCGGGUCCAGUGGUUCCUCAGGAUCGUCAGCGUGUAAUGGGUCGAGUUCCGAAACGCCCACCACAAACAACGCGAACGGCUGGUCAACGAGAAACACGACGUUCAACGGGUUUAUAGACGACAUUGACGAUUCUGAGGAUUGGGCCGAAUUCAAUGCAGCAACAUCCACGAUAGAUGCGCUACGACCAGGGGUGAGAUCUGCUGGUGCUUCUCCAAGACAUUCGCCACGAGCAGCUCGGAAGGCGCCUGCACCAGCUGAAAAUGCUUAUGGAGAACUACGGGCACCACCAUUACCCCCCCGGAAGAGCCUAUCUCCCGCGGAAACCAUAGUUGCUGCUUCCAGCGUUCAAGACAUAGCAGCAGCUAGCUCUAUAAUUCCAGACCCAAGGAGACGUUCAUCGUUGGAACCAGAACCGGAUUCGAGGCAUAAGCUAACCUCGGUGAUAACUGGCUCCACUGAAACGAUCACAGGAAUUAUUGACACAAGACAUGAAGUAAUACCACCCGACCCCCGAGCUUUCGAGAAGCCAAGAAGAGCAUGCACCCCACAAUCGAACAGUCGGCCUCUACCAGCCCCACCCCCUGAAAGGCAAGAACCCGAGAGACAUACAAACGCCGGCUUCAUUGAUCGACUUGAUAAUCGAUUGGACAAUCGAAUAGAGAGGACGGAAAGAUCGAAUUCAGAGAAUCGAGUUCUCGAUAGACAUAAUUUGGAGAUGAGGCCACCGGAACGACCUGAUAAACCUGAUCGAAUACAUGACAGAGUAAGUUUCGAUAGAGAACACAACAGAGCGCCGCCGCGACAGAGGUCGCUACCAACAACCACCAGCGUUGACCACCAGCCCACCAAGUCGACGACCAUGCCUAAAUUUCCUUCAGAAGACGUGAAAGACCCGCCGUAUGAAAACGUUGGGAAUGAGAAGAACGAACUGGCUGUUGCGCCUAAAAAAAAUCAACCCCCUCACCCACGACAAACACGGAAGGAAGUACAACGAUAA